AUGGCGUCGCGCAAGGUUCUCCUCUGCAUCGCGCUUGCGCUUGCGGUGCUUGUUGUGGCGGCGCCGCUCGUCUUCGCCGCUGACGCCGAAAUUCGUGGAGACGCCAUGUCGAAGCUCAAGGCAAACCGUCGCGUGCUGUCGGACGACGACGGACACGACGACCACGACGACGACCACGACGACGACCAUCACGACGACAGCCACGACGAUCACGACGACGACCAUCACUACGGCGACGACGACCACUACUACAAGUCGCCCUCCAAGUCGCCCUCCAAGUCGCCCUCCAAGUCGCCCGGCAAGUCGCACGACUCCGACGACUGGUACCAUCGCUCUCCGUCCAAGUCUCCUUCCCGGUCGCCCAGCAAGUCUCCGAGUAAGUCGCCCGGCAAGUGGCACGACGACUCCGACGACGACAAGUGGCACCGGUCGCCGUCGCCCAAGUCGCCGUCGCCCAAGUCCCCGUCGCCGAAGUCGCCGUCGCCCAAGUCACCGGGCAGGUGGACCAGGACGCCGUCGCCCAAGACUCCCUCGCCGGGCAAGUCGCCUGCGGGCAAGCGCGACGAUCACCCCUGGGGCAAGUCGCCGUCCAAGUCGCCUGUGUGGGGCAAGUCGCCUGCGAAGGGCCACGACGACGACCACGACGGGAUCGACGACUCGCGCGAGCACCACUACAGCGCGGGAAAGCCCAGGUGGCAGCCAAGCCACUGA